AUGAAGCUCACCCUCACCCUUCUUACCGUUGCCAGUGCGUUGGUCAGCCUCAUCAGCGCUCAAGGUGUUACCGGCGGCGUCCCUGCUUGCGCCCAACCCUGUAUCAAUCAGUUCACUUCCAAUGGAGGCAGCACGAUCGCCGGUUGCAAUCGAAUUGAUGCAACCUGUAUCUGCGCCAACAAGGACUUUCUGGGGGGCAUCGCAUGCUGUCUGGUAGACAAGUGUAAUCUCGACGACCAAAAAGCGGCGACCGAAUACGCUCUCGCGUUCUGCAAGGCAAAUCAAGUCACCGGCCUCCCCACGGCUGUUUCGUGCGCCUCGACUGCUACUGCAUCAACUGGUAACCCUACUGCUACCGGUAGUGCGGCCGCAACGAUCACCAGCAGUGGCGCGAACGCCGCCAGUACUACUGCUUCUGGAACCACCUCUGCUCCAGCCAAUGCAGCUCCCACAAAUGCGGCAAGACUUGGUGCCGGGAUCAUGGGAGGACUUGUAGCUGUUGUUGCUCUGAUGUGA